AUGGCGGGCUGGGCGAAUCACCAGCGGUGGCCGCAGCUGGCAGGCGCUCCACUGCGAAGCUGCCGGUGGGACGCUACUGGAGCAGCUGCAGCAGUGCGAGAGGCGGUGCGGUACCGGUACUUGUCGACUGGCAUGAUAAAGACCAUCGGUAUCAGUACCAACUGCGCAUUAGACGCCGGCUUUCCCCUCCCUGUCACCUCCAGCAGCCAAUAUGAGGAUCAGCGUCGCUGUCGACCAAACAAGCAAACCGUUCAAGUCUGCAGCUCUCCCUCGAGCUCUGAGAUUGGCUUUGCCUGCAAAAACCCUCGCCAGCCCGCCAGGAUCCGCACAGGGGCCGCCGUCCCCUGGCUCAGGCACCGCAGCGCCGCCAUUGGCUGCUGGCGCCCCCGGCAGGAUGCGCUAAUCCAGGAACCGCAGCCACUGAAGCCCGCGGCGGAUGCUGUCAUUGGCCCGUGCGACGACGCCUGCGCUGCUUGGCUCCCACUGAGCAGAAACAACGCGGCCAAGAUGAGAUCCAUGCAGGUACCGACGCAGAACUGGCAAGGUAUCAUUACUCGACGGGCGGCAGUUGGGCGAGGGCGCACCUCGUAG